AGUUCAGCAAACACACACGCACCACGUUUGUUCAUGUUUAAAGUCAAAUCAUGUUUGGCCGCUGUUUGUGGAAAGUUUUCUGAAUAAGCCUUGGACUUUCUGACUGUCAUUCUCCCACACACUCCUUGAACUUGUGACGGUGUUGGGCAAGGUUUUCGUCAGUUAGACUACCAAGUAAAAAGCUUACCUGUGGCAGCGCGCAUACUCUCUGCCUGGCUUGUUUGUGGAAGGAGGGAUCACUACAGUCAGCGUUCUUGAACUCGUCGAUACAAGGGAGCGAAAUUAUUUUGUGGAGAAGACCUAUCGUUAAAAGCCCCUUCACUCACCCCCUCUGAAGCCCCUUUCUCCUCCCUGCGUGGUGCCCUGCCCCAUGAUGAGUGUGCAGCCUCGGAGGAUCCGCCUGAAGCCCUGGCUGUUAACCCAGGUGAACAGCGGGAGGUACCCCGGCUUGCAGUGGCUCAGCCCGGACCACCGGAUCUUCCAGAUCCCCUGGAGGCACGCCACAAGACACCUGCCCACCUCUGAGGAAGAGAACACCAUCUUCAAGGCCUGGGCUCUGGAGACAGGGAAGUACCAGGAGGGUCUGGAUGAGCCGGACCCUGCCAAGUGGAAGGCCAACCUGCGCUGUGCCCUCAACAAGAGCCGGGAGUUCAAACUGAAAUACGACGGCACCAAGGAGACACCCGUCCAGCCCUACAAGAUCUACGAGGUCUGUGACCAGCCCUGCAAUGGAGACACAGUUGAUGAAGAUGAGGAGGAGAUGCCGAAUAUUGUUGAUCUCUCCAUUGACCCCAGAAUUAGUGACCCACGCAGUUAUCAGGCUUUCCCUACCUCACAUAGGCUAGACGUUCCCUUUAGCUCCCCCCUCAAUGACAGAUAUGGCACCUCCCACCACACCCCUAUGUACCCCAGUCCCAACAUGCACUCCAAUCCCAACGGGGGCAAUACCAUGGCAGCGGAUCUCCCUCAGCCAACCAUGGCUCCCCCAGAGUUUUCUGCCCAUGUUCCAUUGGUGGUGAAGUUGGAACAUGGGGUCUUUGUGCACCAUGGACCCGCAGAACCCUCCAAUGGCCUGGGGAUGGGUGGAGGGAGCAUGCAGCCUCCUGUGGUCACUGAGAUGGCCACCAUGGUUCCUUCUGCUGCAUCUGUGGCUCCGGUUGCCCCUAACCCAGGUGCCGCCCCAAUGGAGGCCAUGUCCGGAGUCCAGAACCAGGAAGAAGGGCAGGCGGUGCCACCCUACAAAUAUGACCUGCUGAACAGCCUGCCAUUGACUGACCUAGACAUGAAGUUUCAGUACCGGGGUCGCAAGAUGGGCUCCCUGACGGUGAGUAACCCCCAGGGCUGCCGGCUGUACUACGGCCAUUUGGAGCCCACCCCGGAUCAGGUGGACCUGUUCGGCCCGGUCAACCUCAACCAAGUUCUCUUCCCUGGCUCGGCCGACAUCCAGAAUGAGAAGCAGAGGUUCUACACAGAGCACCUGCUGGAUGUGAUGGAUCGAGGCCUGAUCCUGGAGAUCUGGGAGCAGGAUAUAUACGCUAUCAGGCUGUGUCAGUGCAAGGUGUAUUGGUCUGGGCCGGGCGUUGACGAGCAGGGGCCUCCCAACCCUAUGGAGAGGGAGAGGAAGUACAAAGUGUUCAGCCUCAAUAACUUCCUGCACGGGCUCAUCUUGUUCCAGAAGGGUGAAACUCCCACCCCACCCCCGUUUGAGCUCUGCUUCUGCUUUGGGGAGGACUGGCCAGACCAACGGAAACCCAAGGAGAAGAAGCUCAUCGUUGUGCAGGUGGUCCCGGUGGUGGCACGGAUCCUAACAGAGAUGUUUUCUGGAGAGCUGUCCUGGUCCACAGACAGCAUCCGGCUGCAGAUCUCCAACCCAGACCUGAAGGACCAGACGGUGGAGCAGUUCAAGGAGCUCCAGAGGCUUCUCCAGAGUCAGCACGGCCUGGGUCCCUGGGCCACCAACGGACCCUGAGUCAGGGGCCUCUUGCUGGGUCUUCAACAGGGCCUGUCCUGGAUCAAGGCCUUGAUUGCUCAUGGACUAUUAAUAGCACACUGCACUUGGAUUAAUAACCUUAUUCAACUGCUUUGUGUGAGGGGAUAUUAGCCUUCUUUCAACCCUGAGCCUCCCCCAUUCUAUGGUAGAUCCCAUCAAUGGAAUCUUCAUCCAGCCUUGAAUCUAAUUCAUCUUAACUGGAUCUUGGGCAGAACUACUUGUACAUCGUCAAAACCCAGACUGCUGUAUCCUCUUUCUUGGUCCCUUAAAUUAUUUUUUUGAAUUUCAAUAAAUACCAUUGCAGUAUUUUUUUUCUAAUGGUGGCAGGUAUUACUCAUGUCACUUUAAUUUCUAUCCAUUUUCUUUUGCAGCCACCUUACUCUACUGUACUAGAACCCUGUAACUGAAUGUUACUGGCUUUCUUGAGAAUGGACACUGGUGCUAUUCUGCCAAAAAUGGGACUCAAGCCAUACAUAAAAUGUUAUUUUUAAACUAAUAAACUACUACAUUAAUCAGCAAAA